UCGGACAAUGUAAAUGAUCUAAUUGGUAUGGCUUUUACUAGUCACGUCGUAUAACUGAACUCACGGAGUUUUGCAGCUUUCAACGAGGAGAUGAAGUUGGCGGUGGAGGUCGUUCGAGCCCACCGCCUGAAGCCCAUAGGCAGGCAUGGCACGACGAACCCCUUCGUCGAAGUGGAGUUCGAUGGACAGAGACGCCGCACCGCGACCAAACUCAACGACCUCAACCCCUCGUGGAACGAGACCCUCGUCUUCGACGUCUCCGACCCUCUUGAUCUCCCCGACCGCACCGUCGACGUCUCCGUCUUCCACGAGCGCUUAUCCUCUUCCGUGGACCACCGCCGUCGCCGUCGCAGCUUCCUCGGCCGCGUUUGCCUCCUUGGAUCCUCCGUGGCGUCCUCGCGCCUCGACGCCGCCCUCCAGCUCUGCCCCCUCGACAAACGCAGCCUCUUCUUCAACGUCCGUGGCGAAAUAACCCUCCGCCUCUACGCCGUCCCUGAUGCCUACGAAGCCCAAGCUGCCGACGGCCACCGUCCCCUCUCCUCCGCCUCUGCACCUACUAUUGUUCUGGAAUCCAUUCCAUCAUCAUCCACUAUCCUCGAGUCCAUUCCUUCCACCAUAUCCGCCGGCGAAACGCUGCCGCCCAAGUCCACCAUAUCCGUCGGCGAGAUGAUGCCGCCUAAGAAGAAGAACCAUCGUUCGUUUACCAAGGAAAAGGAGCGGAGAGAGUUCCACUCUGUCGGGACCCCAUCCGCGACAGGAAAGAGUCAAGUUAGCCAUACAACAGGGUUCCUCUCGAACCACGAAAGGAGCCACCAUCGCUCGCCGCAGUCUUAUUACCGGGCGAACCAUGACCUGGCGGGGCCAGCGGUGGCGGCAUCAGUGCAGCAAGCUCCUCCGCCCAAAAUUGAGUACGCUCCUCCGCCGAAAAUUGAGUACGGGAUCGUCGAGACCCAGCCGCCACUCGCGGCCCUCAUGGGCUACCGGCUCGCCAGAAACAGCGACAAGAUCAAAAGCACCUACGACCUCGUGGAGCAGAUGGAGUUCCUCUUCGUCCGCAUCGUCAGGGCCCGCAACCUCCCUGCCAUGGACAUCGUCGGCAGCCUCGAUCCUUACGUCGUGGUGAAGCUUGGCAACUUCACCAACAAGACCAAUCACCGGGAGCGAAACCGGGACCCGGAGUGGGAAAACGCCUUCGCCUUCUCCAAGGGCCACAUCCAGGCGCAGCGCCUGGAGGUGGUGGUGAAAGACAAGAACUUCAUCAAAGACGACAUCGUGGGCGACGUCGCCAUCGAGCUCCCCGAGGUCCCCUUGCGCGCUCCGCCGGAUGGCCCCGUCGCCCCUCAGUGGUACAGGCUGCGGAAGGGGAACAACCGCGACGAUGACGCCUACCGGGGGGAGAUCAUGAUGGCCGUGUGGAUGGGCACGCAGGCGGACGAGGUGUACCCGGACGCGUUGCACUCCGACGCUCACCUUCUUCCCCUGGCGAGCAUCCCCCACACCCGCUCCAAGGUCUACUUCAGCCCCCGCAUGAGCUACCUCCGGGUCAACGUCAUCUCGGCCCAGGACCUUAAGCCGUCCCGCCCCGACCCGGCGAUCUACAUCAAGGUCCAGCUCGGUGCCCAGCUGCGGUGGACUCUCGUCUCCUCGGACCGCUCCCCGAACCCGACAUGGAAGAACGAGGAGCUCAUGCUCGUUGCCUGCGAGCCUUUCGACGAGCCGCUCGUGCUCAUGGUCCAGGACCGUCUCCUGCCGAACAAGGACGAGACCAUGGCCAAGCUGGAGAUCCGCAAGGGAGCCAUCCGCACCCACGCCGACCACCACAAGCCCUUUGCCCCUCAGUGGUUCAACCUCGACAACCCAAAUGGAAGCAGCGGCAGCGGCAACGGCAGCGGCUACGGCAAGCUCCAGCUUCGGGUCUACUACGACAACAACUACCAUGUGAUCGACGAGUCCGCGCACUUCUGCAGCGACUUCCAGCCCUCCGCCAAGCCGCUCCGGAAGCCCAACAUCGGAUUACUCGAGCUCGGGAUACUGAACGCCCGGGAUCUUGCACCACUGAGGAGCAACAACGGCGCGGGCAGGAGAGUCGACGCGUACUGUGUCGCGAAGUACGGCCCCAAGUGGGUGCGCACACGGACGAUCCUCGGCACGGCGGAACCCCGGUGGAACGAGCAGUACUCAUGGGACGUCCACGACCCCUGCACGGUCCUCACCGUAGCCGUCUUCAACAACGGCCACGUCGAUGGCAACAACGACGCCGCCAAAGACGAUCCCCUCGGAAAGAUCCGAAUCCGGCUCUCGACGCUGGCGAUUGACAGUGUCUACACUCACUUCUAUCCUUUGCUAGCGGUGCAUCCUUCCGGGUUGAAGAAGACCGGCGAGCUGCAUCUGGGCCUCCGAUUCACAUGCACGUCGUGGCUGAACAUGUUGUUCUUGUACGUCAAGCCUCUGUAUCCCAAGAUGCACUACAAGCAGCCCAUCCCGUUCAAGCAGAUGCAGUACCUCCGCUACCAGGCGAAGCAGACAGUGGCAGCGAAGCUGGCCCGGGCUGAGCCGCCGCUGGGGAGAGAUGUGGUCGCAUAUAUCCUCGACGAUGCUUCCAACACGUUCAGCCUGAGGAAGGGCAAGACCAAUUGGCAUCGGAUCAGGAUGCUGUUCUCCGACGUCCAGGCCUACCUGCAAUGGUUCGACGCUGUCCGGAGUUGGACCAGGCCGGCGGUGACCACUCUCGUCCUCCUGCUCUUCUGCGUCGUAGCCUGGACGCCGUCCCUGAUCCUUCCCUCCGUAUUCCUCCACCUGUUCAUCGUGGGCGCCUGGAAUUCCCGGCGUCGCCCGCGCCACCCGCCGCACUUGGACACGAAUCUGUCGUUCGCCGAGUCGGCCGUCCCAGACGAGCUCGACGAGGAGCUAGAUAGUUACCCGUCGACGAGGACGAACGAGAUGGUCAUGAGCAGGUACGACCGGCUGAGGAUGGUCGCCAGUAGGGUGCAGUCGGUGGUGGCAGAUCUGGCCAACCACGCGGAGAGGAUACAGGCCUUGCUGAGCUGGAGGGAUCCCCGGGCGACGGCCAUCUUCGUAGUAUUUGCCAUCAUAAUGGCUGCAGUCUUCUAUUUCCUGCCGUUCCAGUUGGUGGUGAUGCUCCUGGGGCUGUACUUCAUGCGCCACCCCAAGUUCCGGAGCAAGAGGCCCUCGACGGCCUAUAACUUCUUCCGGAGGCUGCCGAGCAACGCCGAUACAUUUCUGUAAACAAAUAGCAUGUGGAAACACACGCAAUGGUGUGCGCUCGUCAUAGCAAUCAGUGUUGUUUUCUACUGGGGAAGAUGAAGAAAGUGUCCGAAGGCUGUACGUGUUCUGAGGGUCUCGUUUCCUUCCUUCUUCGACCGCCUCGCCUAUCGACCGACUCCGAAGGUUAAAGCGAGAAGAAGAGAAGAGCGAACAAGAGAAGAAGAGUUGCCAGAAGAGCCGUGCGAACCCUUGUUUUUUAUAUGAUGC